ACUCCCACCCUGCUUUCACUUCAUCGUUUGUGCUGUUCGGCGUUUAUGCUAGCUUAACUGUUUAUGCUAGCUCGUGUGAAUUACUGUGCUUUCGGUUUUUGACUUUAAGUUUAUCUGGCAUGUUUCUCGGUACUUCCAGCCUGGAGUUUUCGUCGUUUAUCAUCGUUUAAGUGACGAAGAUGUGGCCUUCAAAGACGCUAACCGUGUGCCUCGGCUGUUUGUGUGUCCUCCUAGCUGCCGUGUCUCCUUCAGCACAUGCGGAUACUACAGUCUAUGGAAACGUGGGAGGAGAAGCUGUCCUAACACCACCUGCCAACUCUGUGUCUGGCUCCAUCACACAAAUCUUAUGGAAAGAAGGUCUUAACAAAGCCAUGGAGUGGGACACAACUGAAAUGAAUGCAACAGGCUAUCGUCAGUUUCAUGAUCGUGGCCACCUGGACACUUCCACUGGUGUGAUGACGAUCAGCCGACUGUUAUAUGAGGACAGCAACAUCUACAAACCAGAGAUCAACGGCAAGCAACUCACUCCAGUUCGCCUCAUCGUCCUCUCUCCCGUCCCUGCACCCACUGUUAGCAAAUCCUGUAAUGAGAGCCAAUGUGAGUUGACCUGUGAAGGAAACACAACCAGAGCCACUCCAGUCAACUACACGUGGAAUUUAAAUGAUACUGGGAUGCAUGUUUCAUCUGGGAGACAAUAUACUGUUCAUAAGUCCCAGAUAAACAGUUUAAGCAGUAAGUUCAGCUGUGGAAUAAAAAACCCAAUCAGCGAGAAGAGAAGUGACCCGAUCACCAUCUCUUCAGACUCAUUCUCUUUGACAUCUUCAUCUGGUCCAAACAUUUACAUGGGAGUUACAGUGCUCAUCGUGCUGCUGGUUAUUGUCAUACUGCUGGUUGCCUUUCAUAAAUGGAAAACAGGAAUGUGGUUUUUUGAAAAAGAGUCCAUGCCGUGGGAAGGAGAUUUCUGGAGGAGGGAUGAACGUCAGAGACAAGCUUCUGCAGCUAACGGCUCCACUGCUCAACAACGAAAUGAAAACCCUGAAGAGGAGACGCCAAUGACAAACGGCUAAACAUCAAGUAAGGACAGGUCAGGCGGAAACAGAGAUGAUCUGAAAGAUCCAAACAGAAACUGAAAAUGUUUAAGAAUGUCAAGAAGUGCAGGAGUACAGUGGACGUUCACUGGGGGGAGGCUCCAAACCACACAGCAGUAAAACGAGUUCUACUUGUUUGUUUGUUUGUUUUUUUUAUCUGUCUAGAGACUUAAGAAAAUGAAUCAUGUAAUAUUUUGAAGUUAUUUCCAUCAGAAGAAGAAUCCGAUUUUGUUCACGACUCCGCUUUGUUCUUUAUGUACCCUGCAUUGUUACUGUGAACACAUUUAAAGCGGACAGGAAAUACUACAUGUAUAAAGGCUGAUUUACAGCAUCGAGUCCUACUCUUAAAAAACUGGCUAUGAAGCUGGAUUUAAUAAUAAUAAUAUGUGUCUAAAGUUAAAAUUUUAGUGCCAGUACGGAAAGUGGUGGUUGGUUGUUGGUGCUAAUAGACUUACAUUAGUUUAUGUUGAUAACUAGUGACAGCUGCAGUGAGUUUUAUGUUAAAGUACCAAGGAUAUAUUGUCCCCUUUCACUCUCUGUCUCUUCAGCACUGUGGUCAUUCAUUAUUGACUAGUUGCACUGAAAUAUGGGAAUCCACCUGUUAGCCGUAUUGUUAGGGUUUGUAGAGCACUUUAUAAAUGAGCAGAGCUUGUUGGAGUUAGGUGGACUAGUGAUUUACAAGGACGAGAAGCUUAAGUCUGACACUGUCCCCUUUGUCUUUGAUUUUUUCUCCUUUGGUUGGAUGUAGAGACACGGCACACAAUCAGCUGGCAGAGCAGAUGUUCAGAGGAUGUGAUCAGUGUUAUUUUAUGCAGUAAAACAGUCUUUCUUUCCUAAAACACACCUAACCAGUUUACAACAUAAGUUACUACAUGCCCAUGACAUCUCAAACACAACUGAGUUUCUUAUCGAAGCACAGAUCAGGAAUCCUGAGAUUCUGCAGGGGGAACAGAGUGAUGUGUAUAACAGGAACAUCAGAGGGAAAGUUGCCACACUCUUUGGAGUGAGUGAGAUGAUGAUGUCAGUGCAUUACUUCAUACUAGAAGUGGGGAAAAUCAAAACCCUAAUAUAAGUGAAGGAGAGCGUAACAUGGAAAUUUUUUCCUCUGUGGACAUGCUGAUGGAUGUUAGGAUUUCCAAAUGUGCAUUGGUAAGAAAAAUAGUUAUAUUUGUAACUAUUGUUGUAAAACAGUUCUGUCACUCAUUAGUUCACAUAUACUAAAGCCGUUUUCCAGUUACCUCAGAGUAGUAUGUUGGAACUAAGGAAUGAAGUCAGUACAGCAGUAUUGCUUUCCAGUAGGAAAUUUGGGAAAACCAGAGAAACAGGGUUUGAUUCUUAGCAAGACGCAGCCAUUCAUGUGUCAUUAGCACUUGGGGGUUGUUUUGUGCUUAAGAACACAGCUGUAGCACCUUCGUGGAUAGAGCCUGUUCAGUGCUGUAUGAUUAUAAGAUUCAUCUGUGAAAUCACAGCAGUGGUAGUACAGAUUAUAAGUUUUACAUUUUUACUGCUGUUUACAUUCACUGCCGACAUCUUGGAUUGUUAAGUCACGGUUGGUGGGGCUGAUCUGACUUUUCAGGUGGGAAAUCUGAGUUCAGGAUGACAGUUUAGAGUAGGGCUCCACAGUGUAAAUCAGCCUUUAUAAAUGUAGUGUUUCAUGUUCACUUUAAUCUGAUGUUUAAUCUGACAUGAAAUUAUUGGUUUUUUUGUUGUUUUGUUUUUUUGUCCUGCUUAAAGCUGCUGAAGUAUUUUAAUUACUAGCUUUUACUAUUAAAAACCCUACAGAUGUAGUUAGAUGUAAAAAGGUAACUUGAAUGAGAUGUGACAGGAGUCAAGCUUAAAGCAGAUCUCCAAGAUUUUCCAUGGAGGCAAAAAAAAUUUUAAACAAUAGCAGGAAACUCAGCAAAGUGCCAUUUCCUGUGAUUGACUGCAUACCUGACACCGAAUGGCACAUCGACCACGUUAAAGAGGAACAUUGGGGGAUGAUUUAUUAUAAGAGCCAGGUGUGGUGCAGCCUCACAGUGUGGUGGGGAGGAUGUUAAACUGACAGCUUGUGGGGGCAAAAGGGACGCCAUUGUUUGGUUUGGGCCACAGGCUCAAACAACAGUCAAUGCUUUGUACAGUUAAUGCAUAUGUGUGCGCUUCUGGGAAAAUUGAAGUUGCAGGUUUUUUAUUUACAUGUCUUAUUAUUUCUAUUAAUUCAUCUUCGAACAUAGCUCUUAUUUGACUUGUCUUCUCUGUUACAGUGAAUUGUACAGUGAAUUAUUUUUGUAACAGUUUUUUUUUUUGUCUCAUUCCAACCUACUUUGUGUGCAGAGGAUGUUCUGUAGCUGUAGCGUUAGACUUUUGUCAGGCACAAGUAGCUAACUCAGUCAGGUAUGAGCUGCAGUGCUGCCGCCAUCGGUCUUUAACAAUCUCCAGAUACACUAAAGUUUCCACAUUGCUUCAUACAACAAGCACUGAUAUUUUUUUUAUUCCCUUGGAUUUGUAUUUAUUGUGGUUCAGUGUCUGAGGACGCAAAUAAUGUAAAUAUAUAUGUGUUGUUUUUAUGAGCUAUGUUUAAUAAA